AACAAUUCCUUAACCAUAACAAUUCUAUUUCCCAAACAUAUAUUUCUCGAUUGGUAUUUCAGUUUCAGUUUCAGUUCCGCCCAACACAAAAACUAACAAACGAUAAUCAAAUAUUUCUCGAUUCUAUUUGAGAUAUAGUUUUCUCGAAUUACGCUCUUUCCUGUGAUGGUUUGCAAGAAUUAGCAAAUCACUGAGAUUUGAGUUUGCAGAUUAUCCUCUCUUCACAACUACCUCAUGACUUCCUCUGCGCAUGAUCUUUCUGACAAUAAUGAAGUUGAUGAACAGAAAAAACACUCAGAGUUCAGUGAUCACUCAUCAUCUCCUGUAACGGGACUUUCUCCUCUUCUAUCACCACCAAACAUGCCUUACACGACACCUCAACAUGCUGUGGCGCCGGCUGCUUACCCUUAUCCAGACCCAUAUUAUAGAAGCAUCUUUGCACCCUAUGAUGCUCAAUCAUAUCCCCCACAGCCCUAUGGCGGUCAACCUAUGGUCCACCUUCAGUUGAUGGGUAUUCAGCAAGCUGGAGUUCCUUUGCCAUCAGAUGCAGUUGAAGAGCCUGUCUUUGUUAAUGCAAAACAAUAUCAUGGCAUCUUGCGACGUCGACAAUCUCGUGCGAAAGCUGAAUCAGAGAAUAAACUUGCCAAGUCUAGGAAACCAUACUUGCAUGAAUCCCGUCAUUUGCAUGCAUUAAGAAGAGCCAGGGGAUCUGGCGGUCGGUUUCUCAAUUCAAAGAAAAAUGAAAACAAACAGAACGAGGCUGCACCAAGUGAUAAAUCACAGUCCAAUAUCAAUCUGAACUCUGACAAAAACGAGCUAGCUUCUACAGAGGGCAAUUGUUGAGAAGUUAGAAGCAACUCCGUUUCAUAUACGUAGAAUGGCUUUAUUGCUAGCAACAGGCAGUGAAAAUAGGAUCGACAAGAGCAACAUAGUCUCAGUAGUUGGUAAUGCUUCAUCCUGUCUAGUUCUGUACGUACAACUAAGAUUCAUGUACAGAUUUUCAGGUGAGAGGCAUUAGGCAGGGGAGCAUAGGAUGAGUAUUGUUGAAGUGGAUUAGUAGUUACUGCACAUUCUUUUCCUUCAGACUUGGAUAAUAAUUAGAAAUGGUUUAACUGAUUUGCUAA